AAACACCAGUCAGCUGAGUGCGCGUCCCAUAUCCAGAUCGACCAAUAUAAUAGUUCAUUGCAGGCUGAUCCCCGCAGUGCUCCAUCAGAAUAAAAAAAACGGUCAGCCAUUUUGUUUGAGUUGCAUAAUUAUUUUUUUUGGUUAAAAUUAAAAUAUAAAAAUAAAAAUUAAAAAUUUUCUUUGUUCGAAUUUCUAACGACGUAUAUUUGGUAUACUGUAAAUUGCCUGCAUAGCGUCAUUUGCAAGUUAAAUAAUUAAAGUGAGAUUUUUGUUGUGUGUUUUGAAACCAAAAAAGUAACUAAACUAACCACAGGCACCUGAUUUAAACAUACGAUAAUUAAAAUCGGCAAUAAAGGAGAAAAUUUCAAAGAAAAACCACACGAGAAUAUUUAUAAAUUUAUUUUAAAAGGAAAAAUAAAUUUUCAAACAAAUUUCAUAAGACUGAGCAACUUUAAGAUUUAAGCAAAAAAAAAAAAAGAAAAUUAAUUACGGCAAGAAAACUAAAUACUAAAUUUUAAUAAAAAAAAGAAAAUCACAAGAAAACAAGGAAAACCAAAGAAAAAUAUAUUUUUUUAUCUGGCAAAGAACGAGGACGAACAACAUUAAAAGCUCAUAGAGGGCAACAACUCAUCACCUAUUCGUAGAAUGUUUAAUACAUUGGCUUCAUAUUUACUUGGAAGUACAACGAUUAGUGAUACAGGGAAUAAUAGAACUGACGAUAAUAAGGACUUAAACGAAUCUGAGAAGCAACUGAAUAUCAUUGUUACAACUUGUGUUGACGAGGAAGUUGACGAUUGGUUGCUUGUUGAGAGAGAAGAGGGUGACAGCGUACAUCAGACUGAUUCCGAGGAGGAAUUAUCCUUCGUCGAAAUAAAAAACGCACCGCAUAUCCGCGGACGACACAGCCGUAACAAUUCAGGCGCAGGUUCUCGAGAUGGACUACUUAGUUUGUCCCCGACAUCGAUUUUACCGAAUUCAAUGGAAGAAUCAUGGUUCGUGACACCACCACCAUGUUUCACUUCAACUGGACCAAUAAAUAUGGAGACCUCUCCGCUCGAAAACUUAUUGAUCGAGCAUCCAAGCAUGUCAGUAUAUCAUAGCAUUCGGACUGUGUUACCAGAUCCGGAUGAUGAUGACAUUUUAUUGGAUUUAGGAUUGGAAUCCAUUCACCCGCAUCCAGCUGCAGAGCGUAGUCCCGCUCAUACCGUUCGCGUUGGUCGCAAUCGCGUCGAACGCAGUGAACGCCUAGGCAACCAACAAAUCAAGGAGCAUUUGCUCGUCAAGAAUUCGCAGAAGAAUCAUGACCGCAAAUCACGCCAAAACAUUUGUCGUAAUGCAUUAGACCGUGGCAAUAAAGUGCGCGAGGUCAACGCAAAGAGGGGUUCGCAGAAGCGAAAGGACAUGAAUCACAGCAAAGUACUUAACCGUGCUACCAACAACCGUAAAUACUAAGUGAUGUGUUCGUAUGAGACAAACAUCCAGCGUCAUGAUAAUUGUUAGUAUGGUGCAGCUUUUACACGUAACACAAUUAUGUAUACAUACAUACACUUAGACACUACAUACACACUUCUAUAUUAGUAGCACAGAAGUUUUAAUGCAAAACGACCAAUCACACAGAUUGAAAUGAAAUUGGAUUUAAAUUUCAACACAUGAAAAUUAACAGGAUAACGGCAAUUUAAAAACACGCUUGCGUUACAAUUAACUGUCGUACGGAUUGUUAUAAUGGGUGUACGUUUAAAUUUCAAAUUUAGUAGAAAUUCACCAAAUUUUUCUAGAAAUGUUUUAGCUACGUAAUUUAUACCUCUAAAUGAAAUUUAAAACAAGAAGAAUUUUAACGACGCUUUGCAUUAAAAUUAAAUCUUUAAAUUUAAAAGUUGAAGAAAAAACUUGAAAAAUAUCUCAAACAAAGUACAUCCCCUCCCCCCUAUUUAACUUAGUAAAUAAAUAAAUGAAAAAAUUUUAAAAACCAAGUUUUUUAAAUUAAAUCACCAAGAGAGUACAUAAAUGAUUAGUAAUUAACAAAAUGGAAUGAAAAUUAUUUAAAAAUAAUUGCAAUAAGGAUCAAAGUUUUCUUUAAAAUUAGCUGCCAUUUGUUUAACAAAAAUAAUAAUUUUCAAAUUGCUGUAACGAAAUCAUGGAGGCGGAGUCAUUGUGAAAAUAAACAAAAAAAAGAAGAAAAAUGUGUUCAAAAAAUAUGAGAAAAAUUAUAAUUCAAGAAAUGAAAAAAAAAAAAAAUCAAAUAAAAAAUUUGUAAUUAAUUUGGUGUGUGAAAAACGUACGAGAAUCGUUUUCCAUAUUUCUGUUCAUUAAUAAUUAGACGUGACUUUCAUUCGAUUUAUUAGAAAUUAUGUGUGUGCGUUCCAAGUCGAAAAAAUUAUGUUUUGAAAAUUGAGAUAAAAAACAUUAUGAAAACUUAAAUUUAUCAUAAACAAAAAAAAAAAUAUAAAUGUGAAAUGUACCUUUACCGUUAAAAAGAAAAGAGAAAAUGAAGACAUCAAAUCGAGCAGAGAAACAAUAUUUCAAAAUGAGUUUUUGUUAGGUCGACGUUUGCCUUCAUAUUAAGUAAAAUCAAAUCGCCCAAAAAUCACUUACAAAACAAUGUACAGUGUACAUACAAAGCAAUUUCAACAAUCGAUUUCAGUAACAGUUUAGUCACUUUAUUUAAUUUAAUUUUUUAAAUUAAAAAAAAAUAUGAUUAUACCUCCGGUGUCCAGUACAUACAAUUCGGUCGUGCCACUUCAGACAUCAAUCGAUGACGAUAAGUUUUUAGUAAACAGAUUUCCCAAUUCCAAUGUUGUUCAGCGAAUUUCAAUUCAUUGAUUAAGGUUAUCGGUCGAUGACAUAUUGCUGCACUUACUGUACUAGAUAAUAGAACACAGAGGCUGAGUGGCAGUCUGCUUUUAAUCUAAUUUUCUAGCACGGGCAGUGAAAAAGAUAUUGAUUCCAAAUGACAUUAAAAUACUUACAGUCCUCACAUUUUCAUAAUGAAUGGAUGAAAAAUGACUUUCAGGAGUACAUUUCGUGUUAAUUUUUUAUUCAGAUUGAUAGGUCUUUUAUCUGUAACCGUCAACGACUAGAAAAAAUAAACGAUGAAUUUUGGUUCCAGUGUUCUUCUAGAUAGCAUUUGUUAAAUCUGAUCAAGUCAAUAAAUCUGUUGAAAAUACUUCUAGCAAAGAAGGUAAUAGAUUCAUUGAUAUGGGAAUACGUUUUCCGUUGGUAGAAACGUUGCGGCGUUGACUCGCUGUUAGUUAUUCACGUCGUAGGUUACAUAAGGAAUUUUUCCAGUUAAUUAGUUUUAGACCAGCAAAACUUCAACAAAACAUUCAUCUGAAAAUCUGAUUUAAGUCUCAUUUUCGUCAAGAUUAUCAGUGAAAUACCUUGAUAUCGUCUGUAUUGCCAUUGAUCAAGUCAGUAUAUUCCAAUAAGACGCUGUUUUUGUCAUAAAAAGCUCCAGAGAAAUUUAGGGGUCUUAUUCCAGUAAAAAGCUGAAAAAAUUUUGGUAAAUGGAUUGGUUGACCUUACCGAUAAAAUAGGCUUAACAUUCUACCAAGGGUUUGACACUUUUCACGCUAUUCACAUAUAUUUGUUGUCGAAGUGUUUAAGUGGUGCAUUCUACAGACGGCCGUGAGAUCUGUUAUCAGAGAGUUAAUGUGGUAUUCUACUGCUAAAUGUUAAACCAAUUGAAGUAACAGAUUUGUGAGAUAAUUUUGAAAAUAUUGAUCAAAAUAAGUAACAGAUCCGAUAACUGUAUUGACGACUUGUUGUCCGUCAAAAAUCAGGGUUGCGGAAAAAAUCAAAACAAAAAAGUAAAAAGAUUUUUUAAAUUUUUCGAUUAACUUCACAAUUAGAAAUCGACAGAAUUGUAUUAUCAACUUGUCGCGGAAAAUAUGGACACCGAGGAAAUGAAUCUUCCGUGAAGGGUUAUUUUUUCUUUUCAAUUUUCUAAGAAAUAAAUUGAAGAUUUGACGGUAUUGCUGGCAGGUGCUACGACCACAAAAACAUGAAAAUACAUAGCAAUUUUAUCGCGCAAAAAAUCUAUGUUUACAUUUUAGUCCUUCACGAAAAUUUGAAUUUAAUUAAUUCACGUCUGUUUCAAUCGUAGGAUAUAAUACCGUUUCAUAGAAUCUUUUGUAGUACAAUCAUAAGUAUAAAGAGAAUUUUUUUUUUUCAUAAUUAAUUAAUGUCUGCACAUUACAGAAUACACACAAAAAACACUAAACACCAGCUAAAAGUAACUUUUUCGCGUGAUAACAAAAUAUGGUAAAAUUUAAAUAAUUUUUCAAUGAAAUUAAUUUUUAACAAUACAACUAGACAGUUUAAAAUUUAAUAUGAAUAAAAAUACACAAACAAAAAAGAAGGAAGGAAGAAAGGAAAACCAUGUCUAAAAAUUAAGGUAAAUAAAAAUUUAUUAUAAAUAAAGUAAAAAGCAUUAUUAAUAUUGUAAUUAAGUGUAAUUUAUUAAAAGAAAAUGGAAAAAAAAUAUUAUAAACCACAAAAUACGAAAGGGAAGUAAAUCUUUUCUCUCAAAAAAUUUUUAUUUUGUUUUUGUUGAUUCACACAAAUUGAUAAGUGUUUCAUUUUGAAAACGGUUCAAAGUUCAUUAUUUAAGCAUCUUAAUUAAAUUAAUGUAAUCCACAUUGUACAUUAUUACUAUAAUUAUAUUUUCUCGUUCUCGUUUCUAAUGACAUAUUUGAUGGAUGAUUGAACAAUAAUUUAAUGAGGAAAAAAUAGAAGAAAAACAAAAAACAAAGUAUGGAUAUAAAAACUAUUGUAUUAAUAAAAUAACAAACAAAAAAUACAAAAUAAUUUUAUUAAUUAUUGAUAAUGGACAGUGUGUAAAAAUUGUGAAAAAUUACAAAAAAAUCUAUAUAAAAAUAGUGAUAAAAUUAUGUAGUCCUUUGACAAUGGAGAAAAAAAUUAUUAAAAAAGUGAUGAAAAUGUUGAAAAAAAAAAUUAUCAAAAUAAAGAAAUAAUUGUUGAAAAGCUCUCAA